AUGACUACUGCCGCUAAAUCUUCUAGUAGCAUUUUAAAUUUUGCUUCUAAAGAUGGAGAAAAGCCUUCGACUUUUCGUAAUAAGAUUAGUAUAGAUGAUGCGACUUUUAAACCCGAAAAGUUACGUUUGGACGUGAUUGAUUAUUUAAAUUGUAUCUAUAAUUUAGGGAUCGUUAUCAUUUGUACAUUAGCCCACCGAACUGUCAUCGUACGUGCAUUGAAAGGUCUUGAAGAAGUUAUUGGAUUGAGCGUUGUUGAUCCCUUUUUGGGUGAGGGAGGGUGGAAAUUUAGCACUCCCGAAGAAACUCCUGGAUGUAUUCCAGACACUGUAAAUAAUGCUAAAUAUAUUCGAGAAUUAUAUUUUAAGGCUAAUCCUGACUACGAUGGAAGUGAAAUAAUCCGCAUUUUUAACGAUGCGUUCGAUGAAUUUGUCCCAGAAACAAAGGGCAAAACUUUUUACCCAAAACAUCUUGAGAGCGAAAUUGAUAACAUAGAUAGUUGGGUUUAUGACAAAAUUAACAAUGAUGUUUAUAAAUGUGGUUUUGCAACAACUCAAGAUGCUUAUAAUAACCAUAUUGGAAAUCUUUUUGAAGCUUUGGAUAACGUGGAAGCUAUUCUUUCUAAAAAUGAGUUUCUUGUUGGAAACACCUUUACUGAAGCAGAUAUCCGACUUUGGCCCACUAUUAUUAGGUAA